AAGUGAACGUGAGCGAGUGAUCGAGAGUGAAUGUGUAUAUGUGAGGGAAAGAGAAAGAGAGGAUAUUGCUCUUACACAAUAUUAUUUAUUAUAUCGAAAUAUUAAUAUUUAUAUAAUAAAAUAAAUAAUAAAAUAUUCAUAAUUGUUUAAAGAAGAAACAUAUUGUUACGUUUACAAGUAUUUAACGAUAUUUUCUUUAAUGUGAUAAUAUGUAAGGAGCAUUAGGAGCAUUAGUCGGUUGGAUACGAUAUCACUCGCAUAGUGCCAUAGUAUGUACUUAUAUCGCAGCAACAACGAACGCAUACAUACAUCAUAACAGCACUCUGUCGCGUCGCGAGUGUGCACGCACGCGUGCGCGCUGUGGCGCGACGCGGCGACGCACCCACACGCGCUCCCGUGGAUGGCCGUGUGGUUUAGCUCAUUCGAUUUCAGUCGAAAGCGAAAACCCGCUUGACGUUCACCGUUGUGUACUCACUCGCACGCUCGUUCGCUUGCUCGCUCGUUCGUGGGACCUCGGUCCCGUCUCCCAGCGUGUAUCUCGCACGCAUCAGCCGCAUCGGAGUCGUCGGAGAAUUUGGCGGGUCGCAUCGAGCCGUAUCACGUCGCGCAUGCUACUAUUUUAACGUUGAACAGCGACACAGUGCCACAUGUCGCACGACUGUUGUGGCGAUAGCCGCGUCGCCGGCGAUUCGCUCACCAGCGCUCUGCGCAGCGCGCUGCAUCUCCUUCAUGACAGUCUGAGCGAUUUCCUUCUUGUCUCCUCGGACUAUCGCUCGUGGACUCUUCACCUUGCUGUCGUUAGCAUGCUGUUACUGCUGCUGGCCCUGGCCGGUUUAUUUGUCAUAAAACGUACCGUUGGCGAUCUAUUGGCUUGGAUGAGAUACACUGAUACACGAUACGGAGAUUCGGAAACACUGAAUUGAAUCAACUACAAUUUGUCGUACGACUCACUUGGAUAAUGCAAGUGCGACAGUACGCGUCCCAAAGUUUUGAAGAAUAAGAGAAGGCACGUCCAAGGACACGAACGAUGCACUGGUCGACGGAUGCAUUGGAGACAGUCCUACAAAUGCACUAGAGCAUAUCGCGACGAAGUAAUCAAUUUUGCAGUGGCUGACGAUUUUUAAAAAUAAAAUAUUAAUAAACGUCUAUGAAUGUCGUGUAAUUGCAUAUUUAUAUCGCUUACUAGCCUGGACUUCACCUCGUGAAUAUCUUACAUAUUAUGUAGACUCAUGUGUAGUCUGCCAAUUCUUAUUAUUCUUUAUCGUUAUCUAUUUAAUUGCAUAUUUAAUUUUAUUAUAAUUGUUUAUUGUAUAUGUAAUUGUGCAUUUGAUUGUUUUUCAUUCGAGACGCGUCCCUUGAAAUCUAAAUAAAACGAAUCAAAUUGCGUUUAUAUUUUAUUACGCAUUUGUUGAAAUAUUUCUUAAUUUUCACUCGACAAAAAUAUAGCUCCUUAAUGCUUAUUGAACUAUAUAUACUGUUCACAACAUGCGUACAUACAUAUAUCAUAACGAUUCAUCUUAUUCGCGCAAAUGUCAUGCGCGAGCUUGACGCGUCGCGCGUCGCCUAGAAACGCGCGUGUAAGCACUGCGUCCGUCAUUAGUUAAACAUCAUCUACCACGCGGUUCAAACAUCGUUUGUGCCCUGUCAAGAGUGUAACACGGCAGGCAUGUAGCACGCGGCGGACUCUAUUGCUGCCGUGACUACUGUGAGCGCGCGCAAUAGCCGCAGGUCACGUGACAGCGCCAACUCUGAUUCGAAUGCGCGCGAUCACGAUUUGCCGCCAAACAUGGAGAACGAGUGACUGUGACUUUUUCAUUACUACUGGUGCUGCUGGUUUUGCCGAUGAUACCGAGAACGUGCGAUUGAAUGAACAAUUGAUCAACACGGAAAGAUGCGACGAACGUUGCAUCGUGAUAGAUUAUUGCUUGCUGCCUAUCGAUUUAUGUCGAGGCGGUACGCUCUGUCCUCGUGUUUGACUACCAGUGGUAUGAUUAACCGUUCGAAUGCGAGUCUUCUGAACGGUCAAAGGGUUCCUUCGACGAGAAAGAAUCCCGGCUAGAGUUUGCGAGGGUGCGAGGGACGCAGAAAGAAUCCAAGAAGUGACCACCCCACGUCGUUCACAGAAAAGCGAGUGGGAAUAAUGGCGGGCGAGGACACGCAGAUCUUGUCGAACGGCAACGUAGAGGCACUCACGAUCAUUCCACCGAAGAUGGCGAACGGAAACGGGCUGAUCUGCGGCGGUAAGCAGCACAACAAUAACGGCUCGAUACCAAACGGCAAGCUGCACAGUGAAAACGGCGGCAUGGAGAAUGGGAAAUUGAUCGUGCCAGACGAGAGAUCGAACAGUCUUCAGACGGAAUUCGAUGACGCCGAUGUGUCCUGCGGAUGGGGCCCCUGCAGACCGCGUUGGCUGCAGUACUUUGCCACGAAGCAGGCCUUUCUCGUGACCUUUUGUCUCACCUGGGUGCUUCAGGGCAUGUACUAUACGUACUUCGUCUCUGUCAUCACGACAAUAGAGAAGCUCUUCCAAAUCCAAUCAAAAACGACGGGCAUCAUUAUGUCGGCUACGGAGAUUGGUCAAAUAGGAUCCUCCCUAUUACUAACGUAUUAUGGCGGCCAAGGUCACAGGCCCAAGUGGAUAGCUUGGGGCAUGAUCCUCUUCGCCGUGAGCUCGUUCACCUGCUCGAUACCCCAUUUUAUCUUUGGUGAACAGCUGAUUCUUCAGAACGAGCUGAUGUUCAGCGGUAUUGAGCCUGGUGCUGACAAUCGCGGACUCAACGGUACAGAACCAAUACCGGCAAAUCUUUGCAAGUUCCACGAAAAGAACAGCAUGCUUGAUGGGUGGAAUGUAUCGACGAGCGCACCACAGACCGAUUCAGCGGAAUAUUGUGAGGGCGAUUUCCUCAUGGAGCAAAGAAUACAGAGCAAAAUAACUACGGUGGUGCUGGCCAUAUUUUUUGUAUCAUUGCUUGGCGUAGGAAUGGGUCAAACGGCAGUAUACACCCUUGGUAUACCGUAUAUCGAUGACAAUGUGGCAAGCAGAGAGAGUCCUUUGUAUUUUGCGAUCACUAUUGGAGUGCGGAUUCUUGGUCCAGCACUAGGUUUUAUUCUGGGUUCCUUGUGCACAAUGGUUUAUGCGGAUUUAUCGAGGAAUCCACAAAUUACGCCAACAGAUCCAAGAUGGGUCGGUGCUUGGUGGCUUGGACUGGUAUUAAUAUCGGCAAUGCUGAUGCUAGUCAGCAUAGGGAUGUUCGCGUUCCCGACGCGAUUGCCGAAGAGCAGAACGCCGCCGAGACGAGCGGAUACGAAGAAACCCAGUCUCCGAGACUUUCCGAAAGCAGUGAAGAGGCUGUUGAAGAACGAGAUCCUGAUGUUCAGGACGGCCAGUAGCGUGCUGCACAUUCUACCAAUCGCCGGUCUUUACACCUUCCUGCCAAAGUACCUCGAGAGCCAAUUUCGCCUGCCAGCUCAUCAUGCGAACAUGAUCUCAGGUGUUGGUGGUAUUCUAGUGAUGGGAUUGGGUAUCAUAAUUAGCGGAGUAUUUAUCUUGAGGGCGAAACCUAACGCCAGGUUCGUCGCAGCUUGGAUUGCCUUCACUGCGGUCGUUUAUGCGAUUGGCAUGGGUGUACUGAUGUUUAUUGGCUGUCCGAUGGACGAUUUUGCUGGGCUCGUAUCGCAUUCCGAUGGAAUUUCCACAUUUGAGCCGACCUGCAAGGCCACUUGCGAUUGCGAUCGGAAUAAGUUCAGUCCAAUCUGCGGUGCUGAUGGCAAAACAUAUUUCUCGGCAUGCCAUGCGGGUUGCUCAAAUUAUACAGUUGCUGAUGGCAAAGUAUCAUCGUUCUAUAAUUGUCAAUGCAUCGGACAGAACCUAACGAUACCUAACGAAGAAGAAAUAAUAAGUAUGGCGACGAUCGGUUACUGCCAAUUAGAAUGCAGUAACUUUUGGAUUUACAUGAUCCUAUUCUCCGUCUUUGUUUUUAUUCACUCAACGAGCGAGGUAGGCUCCAUGUUGCUCAUUCUGCGGUGUGUGGAUCCUAGAGACAAAGCUAUGGCGCUUGGUUUGAUACAGUUUGCCAUCGGCUUGUUCGGUAAUGUUCCGUGUCCUAUCGUUUACGGUGCUGUGGUGGAUUCCGCGUGUCUCGUAUGGGAGUACGCUUGCGGUAAGCGGGGCGCCUGCUGGCUUUACGAUUCGAAUGUCUUUAGAAUGUUCUAUCAUGGUACGACCGGCGGUAUUCUCAUGUUGGCAUUUGUGGUGGAUAUAGUCGUCUGGUACAAGGCCGGGAGCAUAAGCUUUGUGGAGGAGCAGGAGGGCGAGGAAGGUACCGCGGAGGAAAUGGCGACGUUAAAUUCGCAAGACGCCCAGGCGGUCGAGAACGACUAUUUGUGAAGGUUUCGCAUUACUCUUUGCGGUGAACGGGCCGCGGCCAAGUACAGCGGCGGCAAGUUGUCGUUAUCUAAGGACGUAGGACAGUAUCGUAGAAUACGUAGGGACGUCAUUCUUCAUAAAAAAAUGCCAGUAUAACUCGCCGCGUUUUCCGAGGACGGCGAAAGAUCGACUUGUCGGCGAUUACGCGUCAAGAUAAAUUUCUCGGGAGAUUUCCACAUCGUCGGAUCAACAGAAGUGUACCGCGUUGACGGCAGACGAGCAACGCUCUCGUCACGGUGCGAGUUGUCUUCUGGAAGAAUAAGAAAAUGAAUGUAAGAAGGAGAAAAUUCUAGGAAGAUUAACUAAAGCGGGAGAAUGGCUUGCAAGAUUUUAAUUCACUCACUUGCGAGCAAAUACAAUCGGCGAUGAUAGAGGGAAAAUAAAUAGAAAAGAAAUAGAUGCCCCAAAGUGAAAAAAGCAUGACUCGAAAGAUCAUGGCUUACUUACGGUGAGCAAGAUUUGAAAUAUUUUCAUGUGGUAAGCAAUGAUUGUGGACACGAAAGCGAUGUCUCGUAUCGCGAGAUAGUCUUGUAACGAGCACAAGAUAGCAGCAAGGAAGAGUGGCCGAUUCGACCGUGAGUAAAGUGGAAAAAGACCGGCAGAAGACGAAGCUGCAGGCGACAAAAGCGAUAAGGAGAUAAGAAGCAAGAGGAAAGAGACGAGUAUUUUGGCUGCGCAUCGCAAUGUGAUAUAAGUCUCUCGAGUACGCCUCGGAAAAGUUAGUAGCGUUUCUCUCUCAGGGAGACUGUCAGUAAGUACACGCAAUAAAAGUAAUACUUCCGUGCCUACGAAACGACGGUGCUUGCGGCGAGCACGCGGUCCGCUUGAUAGAUCCGGGGAAUCGAAUCGAAUCAAAUAACAUGAGGGCCUCGCGGUGGCGAUAAAUGCGCUUCGCACAGAGAGACAGUAAGAGAUUGCACUGUGCGUUAUACCGACGUCGAUCGGUAUAAUGUUUAAUUAAUGUAAUGGCAAUUUUUGCCGUCGUGCGCGUUACCUAACUCUCUAACGGUAACGCUCUUUUACGCGAAGGAAACGUGGGGUGUUACAUGCUCCGAGAAAGCUCCUUUAAACGGGAUUUAUUAUAGAAACAAUAUGAGUUAAUCAUUGCACGGUGCAAUUAAGACUAUCUCUGGAAACGUAAAAAAAUGAAGAGAGGAAAACUGAUUAUUUUAUUCGAUCGAUCAUUGCGAUAGAAACUCUUUCUUUGCAGAUAAAGUGUGUGUACGCACAAGAAAUAUAUGUAAUUAGGUGUGUUGCAAAAGUAUUUAGGUACUCGCAUAUAUAGGUACGUAAUGUACAGUUGAAAUCAUCGAGUCUGGUCAGUUCUCUGCCGCUCACGAACGAAUGUCUACGCUGCGAGUACAUGUUCGCGUAUAAUUCUGCUUUAAUUCUUGCGUGUAUUUCAGCAAUGUUCUGGAAUACUAUCGCGAUGAUUGAUAUGCCAGGUUUUCAUACAGGCAUCUUGGGAAGGUAGAAAUUGUCCGAGAAGAGCAUUACAGAAACGAAGCGCGCCACGGAUGGCUUAGACUGCAAUAAGGAAAUUUUUAAAAAGAUAGCGGAAGAUUAAAUCGAAAAAUUCAUGACGAGAGUCAAGUGUGCUCCACAAAUUGGUAAUACAUAUAUUUUUAUCUGUAACAAGUUGCAUCUUCUUGACAUAAGAUUCGACGCGAAGACGUUCGUGCUAGCGGCUCAUGUUUCUUGAUGAAGUUGUCUCAAUUUGUGCUCUUAAUGGAUUUUCAAGCACCGAGAUUUUAUACAUAUAAUAUGCAUAAUAUUUUGUCUGUAACUAAGGUUUUUAAUUUUUUCAAUUUUAGUGAAUUUUUUAAAUUUUAUACAACAUUCAAAAUUGUAUGAUGAUGUUUUCUUGCAUUAAUUUUUAGGAAUGCAUCAAAACAAGAUUAUUAAUGUUUAGCUUACAAUUAACUAAUGAGAAAUUUAUAAAAUAAAAAAUAAUUACGUAAUAAUUAUAAAAUAAAUGAAGAGCAAUAUAUUGUAUAUGUAUUUUUUUACAUUUUUACAUCUUGGAUUUCUCGGCUUCCUCUUGAAAAUAAUUCAAUCGCACAAAUUGAUGUACCUGAUGUACACAAAUUGUUUACUUUGCUUUACUUCGCUUUAAACGUCGACCCAUCCAAAUACAUAUUGUUCUUAUAUUUGAAAUUCUCGGAUCUCGAGUGACUUCUUAGGCACUACCGUCCGUGUGUUUUACUUGCGUAUACAGUACUACGAUGGUAAAUAUUAUACAUAGACAUGUAGAUACAUACCUGUAACAAUUACGUAUUUGUCUUGAAUGAAAAAUCGCGUGUACGUUGUGAAUGAUUUAGAUGGGGAUCUCCAAUAACGCGAAAUGAAGGGAGACGACGAGAGAAAAGGGAAAAAUAAAGUGAGAAGAACGAAAUCGAAAACGAAGAUACAUACGACAUAUUUUUAGAUAAUUUGACGAAAAGGCAAGUAAGAUAAAAUAAAAGUAAUGUUUCCGGUUCGAUCAAUUUCGUCGAUGGUUAUUAACUCUUAAACACAGACGUGAUUUAAAGUUACGACAACGUGGAUUAUUCAUCAUGUAUGCUACAUGACUUUUAUGCAAUUUAUUUCACUUUUUAGUGUGAGCUCUUCAUCACACUUGUAUGUACAUAUUUGUGUUUUCUGUAGACGAUUCUUUCUGGAUGAUUGAAUUUUUCUAGCGUUUCAUUUUUACUUCUGUGACUGUGCGUAUGUGACUGUGCGUGUGCGUGUGUCUGUAAAUAUAGUCUGUAUUUAAGGGUUAAUUUAUUCGAGCGUGCAGCUUAGCGCGGAAAACGGGAAAUAUAUUUUUGGAGAAUUUUAUGUUUGGGCGGUUACGUGCACUUCUCCAUUGAUCCCGAGAACCGGAGGCACGUCGUUCGCGAAGAUGCACGAAGAUGCGCCUUUGCUACGCGAUUUAGAAUGCAAAUGAAGAAAGAAAAAUGGAAAAAUCAACAUAUAAAAUAAUACGUAAUAUUACAUUAUAAAAGACUACUUAUUAGUUUAUAAACGGCUGUUAAGAAUGAUUAUUUAUUCAUUUCUACUUAUUAAUAAUCUCUCGAUUAUUAUGAAAUUAUAACACGUUCGGCACUUAGCUUCAAGAUGAUUGAGUGUCUCUUCGUGCAUUUGUCACGAAGAAAAAUCAGGCUACUUCUCUUCUCAAAGCACGGAGAGAGAGACUUUAUCAGUCAGUGCAAACAAGCAGAAACUACUUUUUUUACGGUUAGUGUGUGAGUGCAAUUAAUUAAAACAAGCGAUCUAAAACCAGAAUAAUUAAUGUCGAUCUGCGAUAUUUGCAACUAGAAGAACAAAGAACUUGUAUGUGAAUCGUUUAUCUCCCAAAAUUAAUUUUGAAAAACUCCGAGAUAUUUAUAUAUGUGUAAACGGAUUAUAUUCAACAAUUGCUGCGUAUUUAAAUACGGAUUUAAAUACAGAUUUAUGCCAAUAAUGAUAUCAGACGAUAUCAAGCGACGCGGCAGCGUCGCGACGCCAAGUACAUAAAAAACAUAUAUUUUUUCUUUUUUUAAAAAAGGUUUUUUUAGGGAUUCUUGCAGUUGCACAUUGCCGAACGACAUUAGCUGUUCUAGCUUCAUGUCACAGGUAUAAAGUUGAUAUAUCUGUACCAGAUAAUCAUUCGAGUAUUCGUGGUCAAAGGCGUAUGUAAGCGGUCGCGUUAUGUCGCGUACGUUUUUCGUGCAGUGCUGUUAACCGCAACCAAGAAUCGUAUUUUUGUAUUCGCGAAAAAAAUCAUAAUCUAUAUUUUAAACGAGCAUGGGAUGCGGAGCACGGCACGGCAAUACAGAGAUUAUAUUCGAUUAAUCCAAUAUAUACGUAUAUGUAUAUGUAUACGUAUGUGUGUGUGCGUGUGUGUGUAGUGUGUGUGUGCGCGCAUACGGAAAAAUUUCAGACAUAAAUCUAUAUAUGAAGAAUAUAUUAAACGAGUACUUUCGAAUAUAUAUGAAUUAAGCACUUUACAAUGCCCGUAUCUCGAUGAUCAAAAUUAAGUUCUCGACGAAACGUCAAGAGAACGUCACGCUAUUUAAUAACUCGUAUAGUGUAGGUGAUUACUGUUCUCCGUAAUACGUAAUAAUAUCUAUGCCAUGUAGAAAUCGUAAUAAUUCGCCGUCGUUCGAUCGAUGGCAGAUAUUUUUUUUCAAUCGCAUGAUAGGAUAGGAUGUAAUCUGCGCCGGAAUCGAUGGCGACAGCCGCGUGUACAAAUAAUGCGUUUCCCGUUGAAAGCGUCGGUCGAUUUUUUCCUACUUCAAUUCCGUUGCCGUUCGCCAGAAUGCGAUCACGGUCUGCUCACACUGUAACGAGUCCCUUUAAUACCAAAAUACGGAGAGCCAAAUACGCAACUGAGUAUCUCUAUUGAAAAUUUCGUCCCUGUGUGUUGACGAGUUCUUCUUUACGAUACCGAUUAUUUUCCGAAACGUUGCAUCGUUCGAAAGUUAUAUUUUUGCAUAGAGGAGCACACGCACGUAUUUGCCUCUCGGUGUUUUGCGCACGUACAUAUAAUGCACUUGUAAAUAUAGACAAGUACAAUAAUUGCCAAAAUAAUGUAAACUCGAGAUCGAGUUUCGAUGUUCAUCUCUUGAGCGAUGAUGAAUUAACUGGUGAUUCAAAUGAUUCACAACUAUUUCCUAUUAUCUGGCCUUCGUCUGCACUUAAAAGCGCAUCUAUUGCAAACGAAUUUCCGUUAAGAUUAGUUGGAACUGACUAGAGAGUUAAAUAGUUGAUAUCUCUUACCGCAAAUUACUUGUCGACCAUCAGUUACAUUUUAUGGGCAUAAAACUGCGACGAUGUGCAAAACCCCAACCAAAACGGAAAGACUGUCUUAAAACCGAAAACUGCCGAUAUACUCAAAGAUAUAUCAUAUUCUCUUCUUAAAAAUAACCGUACUUUAAAACUGCCUACUGACACUGCCCGUAAUAAAAUUCACCGUUUCCCACUGCCAUACACAACUUAAAUACUAUACCGUUGCAUUUAUUAAUUGUCAAAGUUUGUCAUCUGUGUCUGACAAUGAAAGCUGGUUUCACUAUUCUAGGAAAGCAGUAAAUUACUAUCAAUACACUUUUUUACGGAGUUUUACACUUUCAAAUAUUAAUUUCCAAUUCUAUCAUAAUGACCAAGGUGUGCUGCAGAAAAAUAAUGGAAAUAUACAUGUAAGAAAUUGUCUCUACAAAUAUGUGAAUUUUAUAUAAAUUAUAUUGUUAAUAACGUCGAUUUUUAUCGCAAAAUCUCUGUCAUUAUUUCCUAUUGCUUGCUACAUUUAAGAUUCUUUACAUCUGCAUACUGUAUUAAACAAUUUCGUACUCGUCGCAGUUUUACGAGCUCAUUUGGGUGAUGAUUUUACAUAACAUUUUUUGUCGUGGCGCCCCAAUUGCAAAGAACGAUCAUUGGCGAAUCACGGAAUAUGAUAAUACUAUAUUUUAGUAAAAAAUUUAUCUAUAAUGUAUCCGUAGAACUGUAGAGAGUGAAAGAGAGAGAGAGAGAGAGAGUCGGCCGCACAGCGUCGGCAAUCCGCCGCGGUUUUAUCUAAUUAAUGAGUGGAAUCCUUUGUGAGAACGAUAAUUGCUAGUCCUUAAUUCCGUGAUGUGCACGCGUAUAUUCUCGUCCUGUCGCCGAUGCGAAUGUACACGCGCAUAUCGGAUGCGAGAGAAACAAGUAUGUAAGAGUGGAUAAAGAAUUGCUCGGAGGUCGGGAUGUAGGUCAUGUAGGUACAAGCGUGAAAUAUAAGUUGCCAUUUUUUUAUGUACACACAAUAUUGUAAUUAUAAUUAUACAUUGAUAACUGCUACUAUUUUAUUUUAUUGCUAUUGUAAAUUAUAUUAUAAUUAUUAUAAAUUUAUACUGUUAUAAUGAUAAUUAUUUUUAAAUACUGCUAAUGUUUAUUAUACGUAAUAGGAAAUUAUGAAUGUAAUAAUUUGAUUUUUAUAUAUAAUGUUACACACACACACAGACACA